UGUCAAAUUAAAUACAUACACAAAUGAUGAUAAAAAUUUGAAGAAAUUAAAAUACGAUUUAUAAAAUGCCGACGUACUAAUGAAGUAUAAUUCUGUUAAUAGUUGGCUCUUUAUCCAGUUCCCAAGCAAGCAACAAUAACGCACUAAUAAUAGAGAAUCAACAAUUUAAAAUAACAUCAAGAUGGCUUGGUCUGCCGCGGCAAAUCACUUCAAACAAACUUGGAUAACUACUAUAAUGAGUAUGAUACUAUUUUGUGGUGUAACUUAUUUUUUAAUUUGGGCUGAGGGUCAUGCAAUAAGAAGUAAUUUGAUGUUGGAAGAGCUGAUGUCUGCAGCUCAGAGUAUAGAUGUUCAUACGCAAGACGAUGCAGCGCGGUAUGAAGAUAAGAUUGUUCAUAUAGUUGGUCCCUUGAGAAUCUUAGAGCCAAUAUCAGAACCUGAUUAUAAUAUACAAGUACAGGCGGUAAAGUUAAGGAAGCGUGUACAGAUGUACCAAUGGAUUGAGGAAACUACAGAUACAGAGAACUUUCUAAGUGAACCAGCUGAAGAAUCACAGAAGACAUACUGGUACCGUAAAGAGUGGAAAGAUUAUGUUGUUGAUUCUGCUCUGUUUUAUAUUCGUCCUGGACAUCACAAUCCAACAUCAAUGCCACUCUUUAGUGAAACACACAUUGCUGAAAAUGUGAAAAUUGGAUGGAUGUAUUUGGGAUUGGAUGUGAAAAGGAAAGUUAAUGAUUAUUAUGAAAUAUGGUCAGAUUCAAGACCAGAAAGGAAUGAUAUAAAACUACAUUCAGGUUUUUACUACCAUGGCAAUAGUCCACUGGAACAUGAGAUUGGUGAUUUGCGCAUACAUUUCUCUUAUGCUGGUCGUGAAGAUGAUAUUUACACUGCGGUUGGAUUAGUGGAAAGAGGCACACUACAACCAUAUUCUCCCAAAAACUUUCCAUCUGCUGAUCCAAUUUCCCUAAUGCGAAAGGGCUCAUAUAGUUUAAAACAGCUCUACGAUUUGGAAAAACGUGACGCAAACACGCACACAUGGAAAUAUCGAUUGCUCGGCUUUGUGCAAGUGUUUGCUGCUAUAAUGACCCUACAUCCAGAAUGGCUAACUUUAUUUCUUCAAUGUAAAUGGGUGUCCAGUAACCUUAGACGAUGUACUCGACUCUGGGUCAACUUGGUUCUGUCGUUUUCUUACACCUUGUUCAUAAUCUCCAUUCCUUGGCUGUUCCACAAAGCCACGUUCGGCGCAUUAGCGCUUGGCGGCGCGUUACUACCAAUCGCGCACUAUUCCACGCUCCUCUCGCGCGACACGCGCCGCGCGCGGUACGAGGACCGCUGACGCAUGCGCACUGCGAUACCGCACCUCGUCGAAAUGUGCGUUAUGGCGCUCACGUACGCAUUCGUUGCGUACCAAUUUGUUGAACGAUGAAUGUGUAUUUGUGUACAAAUAAAUCACAUUGAAUGUAUGUUCCGUUCUGUCAUUAUAUAUGUGUAUGGAGGGGAGUAAUUGUGUUCCGUUCUGUCUGUGUACAGAGUAGUUAUGUGUUUUGUCACUAAAAAUUAAAUAAAUAACAUUAAAUGUAUGUUCUGUUCUGUUAUUAUAAAUGUGUAUAGAGGGGAGUAAUGCUGAUGUAAGCUGUGUUGUGUAUCUUUUUAAAGAUUCGGUCGGUGGAAGAAUAAAGUGAUAGGUUUAAAGGACUCAAAAAGUAAUGUUAAGCUCUUGAACUGUAUCCUGUGCUACUUAUGUAUUAAGUGGUCGAUAUUUGUAACUUAAUGUUUUAAGACAUUGCUACUAGAAUUUUGAGGUAUUUUAAAUAUUAUAAAUACAUAAGUAAAAUUGCUAAAAUGUAAAGUGUUUUAGUCUGGUCCUUGUUAUUUUUCAAUGUUUUUGUUGUUAUUUAUUUUCAAGAUGAAAGAAGAAAAAAUAAUUAUUUUAUAUUUAUUAACACGCAGUGUGUCAUGCGUUUGUGACUGGUUGUGCUUAAAUUCGGUUUUCAGGUAGAUCAAUAGCCUCGAAUAAUGUAAAAGUCCAUAUAAAUAUUGUGUACCUACUUAAUAUAAUUAUAAAUAAGUACGUAUUAUUUGACGGGUGGGUGACAUAUUACAUAUCAUUUCAUCUUCAUUGAUACUAUUGCCUUUGGUAUUUUUAUACUGCUAAAUGCUAAUACCUGUGUACAAACUACAAUUUUGUAUUGCAUUGUGUAAUUAAGCUAUAAACUUAUUCACUACCUAACUACUUUCUAUGAAUGUAGUUACAUAUUUAUAAUUCUCAUAAAAUAGUUAGAAG